CGCGGGCUCAACGUUGGGGGAAAAAAAUGGCGUCUUUCAUCAGAUGGAGAUGUGUAUCAGUGUUGCUCUUUGCAGUGUUUAUCUUUUUAGUUCAUUGUUCGGAAAGUAAACCUAAAAAGAAGAAGGAUAUUCGGGAUUACAAUGACGCGGAUAUGGCGAGGCUGCUGGAGCAGUGGGAGAAAGAUGAUGACAUUGAAGAGGGGGAUUUGCCAGAGCACAGAAGACCCUCCCCGCCCAUCGACUUUUCCAAAGUGGACCCUUCCAAACCUCAAGAUCUCCUGAAGAUGUCAAAGAAGGGAAAGACUGUCAUGGUGUUUGCAACGGUUUCCGGAAACCCCACAGAGAAGGAGACAGAAGAGGUCACCAGCCUGUGGCAGGGCAGCCUCUUCAACGCUAACUUUGAUGUGCAGAGGUUUGUGGUGGGUUCCAACCGCGUCAUCUUCAUGCUACGUGAUGGCAGCUAUGCGUGGGAGAUUAAAGACUUCCUGACCCUCCAGGAGCGGUGCGAGGACGUGACUGUGGAGGGCCAGGUGUUUCCUGGGAAAGCAGCCAAUAAAGCCAACAAGGCCAACAAAGAAAAAGAGCAAAAUGAGACCAAGAAGAAGAAGGACAAGAAUGCAGCGAACCGAGUAAAUAAAAGCAAACAGGAGCUAUGACGGCACUAAUCUCCACAAGGUUCGUGGAGCAGAAGGAAGUCGGGGUGAUGCCUUAAAGCGCCUGAUUUCUAUAUAUGGUUAAAAUCAGUGGUACCAUGCUGGUUACACUUACAUCAUUACUCACUUACGGAAGGUACUUUAAAAUCCUUCAGAAAGGACUUCAUUCAGUAUACUGUUAGUAUUUUUUUUAUGCAAGCAUUUUGUUCCACUAGAUUUAUCUAGGGCAAUGAAAUGAUUUAAUCAUUGAAAUGAAAUGAAUAAUCAUUAAAAAUGAUUCAGUUUCAUCCCUACUUGUACCCCACCAUUAUAAAUCACUUGAAUUCACACAUUGUAUUUUGAAUCACAAUAAAACAGAUUUGUAAUACA